AUCCCUCGUCCCCCCAACUGCUUCAUGGUAUAUAGGUCUCACUUCUGGGCGAAGGAGAAGGCUUUCAAAGAUGCGGAGCGCAAUCACAGCAACAUCAGUUGCUUGGCAGGCGGCAGUUGGAGAGAGCUCACCAACACCCAGCGCGAGCUAUACCAAGCGAUUGCUCGGGAGGCUCAGCGUCUCCACUCCCAGCGCUAUCCCGAUUACAAGUACCAGCCC